AUUAGCCACGGCAGGGGAGAGCAAACAGCAGUGUUGAGCCAGACCAGAGUACAAAUAUGAAGAUGAACACAGCUUUGACUGUUGUUGGAGCAUUAUUAGUCAACAUUGCAGGUUCACUCUGUCAGUUAAAUGUCUGUGGUCGGGCCCCUCUUAACACUAAAAUUGUAGGAGGACAGAAUGCAGGAGCGGGAUCUUGGCCGUGGCAAGUCAGCCUUCAGAGUCCCACCUAUGGAGGCCAUUUCUGUGGCGGGAGUCUAAUCAAUAAAGACUGGGUUCUGUCUGCAGCUCACUGCUUCCAGGACUCCUUAGGUACAGUUAAGGUCAAACUGGGACUACAGAGCCAGUCAGGCUCAAACCCUUAUCAGAUAACCAAGACAGUAGUUCAAGUCAUCAAUCAUCCUAACUAUAACAACCCUAGCAAUGACAAUGACAUAGCACUGGUCAAGCUUGAUUCAUCUGUGACUUUCAAUGAUUACAUUGAGCCAGUGUGUCUGGCUGCUGCUGGAAAUACCUAUGCUGCUGGUACACUGAGCUGGGUCACUGGAUGGGGGAAACUCAGUUCUGCAGCCAACCAGAUUCCUGACAUACUGCAGGAGGUGGAGAUCCCGAUUGUGAGCAACAGUGACUGUAAACGUGCGUAUCCAGGCGAGAUCACAAGCAAUAUGAUUUGUGCUGGAUUGUUAGAUCAGGGAGGAAAAGAUUCAUGUCAGGGAGACUCUGGGGGUCCAAUGGUCAGUAGGAAUGGCUCCCAGUGGAUUCAGUCUGGCAUUGUGAGUUUCGGUCGAGGAUGUGCUGAGCCCGGUUAUCCUGGUGUUUACGCCAGAGUGUCGCAAUACCAGGACUGGAUUACUAGUUCCACAGGCAGCAGCAAUCCACCUGGAUUUGUUGAAUUCCAUUCCAGUGGAUUCAGAAGCACAUCUAACCUGUUUUUAUUGUCCAUUUCUCUCACAUUAUCCAUCAUUCCUUUCGCCUCUGUUCUCUCUUCAUAAAAAAGUGUGUUAAUAAUGGCCAUAAUUGUUCUUUUACACAAAUGUACUGUAAGAAAGCAAGAAUAUAUUAUAGUGCAAUUAUUUAUUCUACCUUAUUAAAAUACACUAUUUUUGGGAAGCAUUUUCAUAGAGUCAAUCCACAUGGACACUAAUUAAGUUUAUCAUACUUGAGCUCUCAAAAUAAUGGUGCAUUUGAUGACGUUUGAAAUAAUAAUGCAUCAUUGUCUUUACUGUGAUCUCGGAACUAAAAUCUAUUGAACCUACUGAAUGUAUAUUGUCUGGUUGUUUUUACCAAUGUACUGCAGUCACUUUUUAAUGUUUUUAAUUAUUUACAAUGUUGCAUUCUCAGGGUCUGAAUGUCUGUAAUUAAUGCAAUGUGAAUAUAUAAUAAAUGACCAACUAUGCUGUAGUCUAGUAGUGUACACAGAAUAAACACAGAAAAAAAAAA